AUGGCUUCGCCAUCUCCAUCAAUGGAAAGAAGGUCUGAAAUUUUAUUUGAAGUACAUCCCCCAAUUUUGCGUGUUUCGCUAAAUUACCGCGUUGUUGCUAUUUGGCACAGGGUUGCUGGGGAUGAAGAUACCACUGGGGGCAAAGCAAACCAUGGAGUUGGAUCGGUUGAGGGCGAAGGCUUUGCAGGGUUGGAGUCGGACGAGUAUGAUUUACAGGAAGAUGAAACAGAAAACGACCAUCCAGUUGAGGGCGAACGCUCUGCAGGGAUGGAGUCGGACGAGAAUGACUUUCAGGAAGACGAUACAGAACACGACCGUCAUGCAGAGGCCGAUGUCGACAAUGGGGAUGCGGUUGAAUUGGAAGACGCUUUGGACGGCGCCAGAGGAAUGUCUGAGAAUUAUGCGGAAGACGAGUUUUACGCCGUUGAUUCCGGUAAGUCCAUAGGUUGGAUUGAUUUUUUGAACUUGAGCACGGAGGAUGUUCUCCGGUUUAAUUUCGCAGAUGUUGACAUUGCAUUUGAGUUCUAUCAGCAAUAUGCAAAGCACCAUGGAUUCGGCGCGAGACGUUCCAGAAGCGAAAAACUCGGCGAAGUAAGGAUACGGCAGGAGUUCGUGUGCCACCGACAAGGGUUCCGAUCCCCGAAGUUCUACUCGAUGCCUAACCGGCAAAAGAGGCCGAGGGCCGAGACACGGUGUGGAUGCCCUGCAAGGAUGUUACUCCGCAUGGACGAUGAAUCAGGAUGUUGGCACGUUGCGUUCUUUUCAGACGCGCAUAACCACCACGUUCUUGAGUUGCGAUUUUCUUCCAUGCUCCCAGGCCAUCGGAGGAUGAGCGAAGCGGACAUCGAGCAGAUGAACGACAUGCGCAAAGGGGGCAUUGGCGUCUCCCGAAUCCACGGUUUUAUGGCGAGCCUGGCCGGCGGGUAUCAUAAUGUCCCGUACACAACAAGGGACAUGGACAAUGUAAAUGCGAAGCAACGAAGGGAGGGUGGCCUAGAUGCGGAAUCGUGCUUGAGGUAUCUCCGAGAGUGCAAGGCAAAUGAUCCAGCACUGUACUACAAGGAAGUCGUUGACGGUGAGGGCGUGUUGCAACACUUGUUUUGGUGUGACGGCACCAGCCAAAUUGAUUACCAGGUGUUUGGAGACGUGGUUGCGUUUGAUGCAACGUACAAGAAAAAUGUUUACCUUUCACCUCUCGUAGUAUUCUCCGGUGUGAAUCACCACAACCAAACGGUUGUCUUUGCCGCUGCACUGGUGGCAGACGAGAAAGAAGAGACCUAUGUCUGGCUGCUUCAGCAGUUGCAAACUUCAAUGAAAGGGAAGGCUCCCGUGUCCAUAAUAACCGACGGUGACAGGCAAAUGAAGUCUGCGAUCGAGCAAGUUUUUCCGGAGGCUCACCAUCGACUCUGCGCUUGGCAUCUACUCCGAAAUGCCACGAGCAACAUUGGAAAGCCCAAAUUCACCAGGAUGUUUAGGGAUUGCAUGCUCGGCGACUACGAGUUUUGA